AAAGAGCUUCCGGGAAGGAGAAGCCACGCUUUCAGAGCUGCAACAUGGAGGCUAGCAGUGAAGCUGAUGAGUCGGUUUCCGGGGAAUUGGUGUCUGUGGCACAUGCUCUUUCUCUUCCUGCAGAGUCGUAUGGCAACGAUCCUGAUAUUGAGAUGGCUUGGGCCAUGAGAGCAAUGCAGCAUGCUGAAGUCUAUUACAAGCUGAUUUCAUCAGUUGAUCCGCAGUUCCUGAAACUCACCAAAGUUGAUGAUCAAAUCUACUCUGAGUUCCGAGAACAUUUUAAGGAACUCAGGAUAGAUUUAUUGGACCCAGAAGAACUGAAAUCAGAAUCAGCUAAAGAGAAGUGGAGGCCAUUCUGCUUGAAAUUUGAUGGGAUUGUGGAAGACUUCAACUAUGGUACUUUGCUGCGACUAGAUUGUUCUCAGGGUUACACUGAGGAAAAUACCAUCUUUGCCCCCAGGAUACAAUUUUUUGCCAUUGAAAUUGCUCGGAAUCGGGAGGGCUAUAACAAAGCAGUUUAUAUCGGUGUUCAGGACAAGGAAGGAAAGAAGGGAGCCAACAACAGAGGAGACAAUGGAGAAGAGAAAGUAGCUGACAGUGGAGAAGAAAAAGAGAAAGGAGUCAACAGAGAAGGAGAAAAAGAGAAAACUGACAAAGGAGGAGAAAACGAGAAAGAAGCUGACAAAAAAAAUCAACAAAAGCAGUGAAACAGCUAUAUAAACUAGACAUGGAACAGCACUCUAGAAGCUGUGACUCAGCUGAGUGUGCCAAGUACCAUGGUGCUACUUGCUCAGACCCAUUUAGUUAAAUGUAUGUUCUUAUGCAAUUGAAGGACACUCAGAAGGACAUCUGUUUAGCCUACUAAUCAGGAGCUGCUCUCAUCAUUCCCUUAUAUGAAUUGGCUUAAAGACUAUUAAUGGGGUCUUUGAUUGUUUCUUGGUAUAUUAUGUUUUUUUUCACCACUAGUCAAGUAAGAAGUUUUGUAAAUAAAUUUCAUUUGGUUCUUAUUAUCUAUAUCUGUUACUGACUUUAAAAAGGUAUUUGAAAUUAUUUGACACUUCACAUUUUUUCCAGGUAUACUUAUGUCUAUUUUUAAAUUCUCACUGAUUGCUGUAGUGAAAUUCUCUCGGCUUGUUAAAUUGUACUUGGUGUUGAGUCCUUAAAUAAGAAUUGACUCUUAAUAUCUGA